UUAAUCAGCUUAUUAUUUACAUUAUCCUUAUCAUUUAGAUUUUAUUAACUUUCUAAACUUAAAUAUGCCUUGCAAUUGCCGCCAAGAAGCUGGUGCUCACAAUCACUUGGGUGAUGUCUCUUUGAAGGAUGGCUUAUUUGGCUUCGGUACACCAUUGAAUGAUUCUAUCGAUUUAUCGUUUAUUCAAAUGUGGAAUGCACGUAGUUCUUCUCAACAGGCGAGAAGAGUCUUUGAUCCCAAAACUCAGGAUAACAAUGUUCCUUUGUGUAGCGACGAGGAUCCAGAGCUAUUGAUAUUAUUACCUCUUUCAUCCAUUUGCAAGCUUAAAGGGAUAUCUAUACUGGGCCCAAUGAAUGAUUUUGCACCUUCACAGGUGAAGAUAUUUGCAAACCCUGCCGAGGUUCUUGGCUUUGACUCAGUACGCCGUCUUAAGCCUCAGGAAGAAAUUUUACUGGCUCAAGUUUCUGGUGAGGAUAGAGUGGUCUAUAAACUAAAUGCAAUAAAUUUUGCCACUGUAAGUUCAUUAGCUUUAUACUUUGAUCACAGUUUUAGUGAAGAAGAGACACACUUGUUACGUGUUGAUCUUUAUGGAGAGAACUCUGGGAGAUCUUCGACCCAACAAGUUGCCAAGAAUGUUGUUUAUGAAUCUCGCGCGAAUCCUGCAGAUCAUCCGGUACGCGAAACACAUAAAAAUUUUUUCACACCUUCGGCGUAAAACGCAGAAUGAAUUUUAUUUGAAUAAUCAAUUUAGUCGAAAAUCAAAAGACCAAAAGAGAGUGAGAAUUCCAUGGUUCAACUUGACGUUUAGUUAUAUGAUUUUAUAUUCCCCAAAA